AUGCUUGACACGCUGUGGCAAACAUGGUGUGUCACUUAUGUGCACAACGCCUUGAAGCCACGUUUCGCCCGUCGUGACCCGCUCGUGUCCAUGGACGUCGCUGACGCCCCGUCGUCGUCCAUGUCACUGCCGUCUUCACCGCCACCGGCGACGGCUAUUGAAGAUCCAGAAGAGGACGCUUCUAACCUCAAUCGAGACGCUCGAGCAGACGAACACGAAGAAGUUAUGCAGGAGACGCCUACGAAGCAGCAAGAGCCUUCUCCAGUGCAGUCUGGUGGCAAUGCAGACAUUUGUACGCAGCUGCAUGCUUGGAAAGAGCGAAGCACGCGCAUGGAACAGCUGCUGGCGAAGAAGAACACGAAGAUACAAGAGAUGGAGGAGACGGAGAACAAGCUGAAGCGGCUGUUGGCGAUGGCCAAGCGUAGUAUUGACAAUAGCAAGCAGGAGCUGGUAGAGAAAGAUCGAGUCAUCCAGAAGCUGCAUAAAGAGCUGUCGCAGAGCCAACAGGCGACACAAUCGUGGUUUGUGGACACGUCCACUCGAGAUCCGAAAAAGCUGCUGCUUAAAGUGGCGCAUGGAAAUGUGCUUUGGUGCUUUGUGGAAUAUGCUAACGAAAACGAGCUGGAUGACUCGAGAGAGUUUGCGUGGCAUUGCUUCCAUUCUGAGGAAGAGAUCCAGGAGUAUGCGAACCGCGCAUCGGGGGAACCUCUGACGCUGCCAGAUUUCUCCAUGACGCCGUCUGAAGUGGAUUGUGUUAAGAGAGGUUUGAAGGUUGAAAUUGACCGCGUCCAAGAGGAGUUUCGCCGUUAUCGCGUUCGGUCGGAGAUCACGCGAAAGCAAAAAGACGCUGAAAUUCGAAAAAUAAGCGCGAAUGCGGUGACGAAGCAGACGGAAAAAAUAUCAGAGACUGAUCUAUUAGGAGAACUGCAAUCGUCGAAGGCGCAAGUUCGCCGGCUAACAAAGGCUCAAGCAGAAGCUGAGGAGCGGGAGUCUGGAUGGCGACGAAAGUUUGAUAGACUGGUGAAGGAUUAUGAGAAGCUGAGUGGGACUAUGGGUGAGACAGCUCUCGCGAUGGAAUGGAGAGAGAGAUACGAGCAGUCACUUCUCGAAAAGCAGGAACUAGAAAAGAAAGUAAAGGAGCUGAGGCAAGUAGCGAAUGGUGCGCUUGGCAAAGCUAGCGGAAAUGGCAAUGGCGGUCUACAGUCGCUGCGACAGGAGUUUGCAGAGUACAGAAAGAGUGCUCUUAACGCUGUGGAUCAGAAAGAUAAGGAGCUGAACAACAUGCAAGCGCAGUACCGCGAAGCUGGGGAUGAGAGCAGAAGUGUGAACCGCAUCAACAGUUUCAAAGAAACUCGUGCCCGUCGCACGAGUAUGGAGUCUAACAGCAGCCUGUCGGGUUUCGAUACGCCCAACGCAAUGAAGACGAAUGAGUAUUUGAAGAAUAUAGUGUACAAGUACAUGUCCUCGAGUCAAAACGAGGCUAAAGGACACAUGGAGAAGGCUAUCGCGACAAUUCUGAACUUUACACCAGCAGAAAUUGCUUCCAUACAGGAAAAGCGUCAACAACAGGGACAACAAGGCUGGUUUUGGUAA